AUGGCUCACCAAAAUCCUGAGAAAGGGUCCACAGUGUCAAGCACAUCUUCAUGGAGUUUUAAAGGAUUGUUGGCCUUUUCCGUGGACCCAUCAACCCGGACGGUUUCGAAAACAGGUGUUGCAUCAAAACAACCAAACCAUGCCCAUCGUGAAGCCCCGAAUGAUAAAUCAAAAGAGUCAAAGGGUGAUACAAGAAAUUCUACAGGUCCGAAUAGUCUGAAUAGUCUGGAGUCUAACCAUACUCAAAUUGUCAAUAAGUGUUUCUGUUGUAAUACGAUAUUAGCGUUCCCUAGCAGUGCAACCAAGUACAAAUGCUCCAUAUGUUACACGACCAAUUUUGUGGAAACACAAGAACGAGAUUCCCUUCGUUCGCCUAAAACAAAUUGUCUGAUAUCACUUCAAAAAGUCAGUUCAAUGGUUGAAGAAUGCUUUGCUUAUGCAUCAACCGAGGAGGGCAAGGAAAAGUCCUUGCGUGAGGUGUUUCAACAAGUAUCUACAUACUUGUACAAUAGCUUCAAGUCGCACGACGUACUCAACAACUCAUUCAAGAUUCAUAAACUGGACUUCCGACUACAUCGCCAUACUUCCCAUAUUGACUCAGCAGAAAUCAUGGAUUUAUUCAAUUUGCUAACAAAAUUGCCGACAAAGAAGCCAUUGCAUUCAGCAUUGAAAGGAGUUAGCGAUCAAUUGAAAAGGUUACUGCCGCCAUCAAAUCACGUGGCGCAAUAUAGAUGGCUUUUCAUAAUUCUUGAAAUUCCUAUUUUGGUUAACUCUUUAGUGCCGCGUGGACUACAUAUACGAUCAAUGACCAAUGAACAUGAAAUCAAGACAUUGUGCUACGAUAUAUUGAAACGAAGUUUAGGAGUUCUUUCGUGUGUCGAUAACUCUAAAAUAAUCAGCUACUGGGUCUCUUGGAUUGCUCAUUAUGAUCACAACACAUUCAUCCAAAAAGUGGAAAUUAUCAAUCUAUAUAUAACAUUUCAGUUGAAAAAGUACUUUUAUUUGGCAAACAACCCGCAUAUAAAGCUCCUGUUAACACCUUCACCUGACAUCCAAGAAGCUGAUGAAUUGGAAUAUUUUCAAUGUGUCAAUUUGAAAAAUCACAUUGAAUCGGCUCCAAAUUCUGAUACCUUACCCGGUCCACUUUUGGUACCACGCUCACAGCACAACAACAUCGCACCUACAAGGGGGUCUACAAACAAGGGUAAGAGUCACAAAGAUGUAAAGAUUCGAGUGCAACAGUACGGUAAUGAUUGGCGAAUUGUAUCAGCUCUGAAAGUGCUCUCGUUGUUUCUAAGAGCAAAUAAAAUGAGGGAUGAUAAAGUGCCCGUAUCGGUUUUCUACAACUCACUCAUUGAUUAUGUCAAUAUCAAGUUGGACUUUGAUUCGUGGCAAAGCAAAAAGAAGAUGCAAGUUACUCAUGUUUGCAAAGAGCCAGAAUUGAGGUCCAUCAUAGGAUAUAUCCAUGGUACAAGCAUAAACAAUCCCUUAUUUGAUGAUGCUUUGCUUUAUCUAUGUCAGUAUCCAUUUCUUAUCUCAUUAGGAAGCAAGAUUUCAGUAUUGGAGUAUGAGGCUUGAAGACAAAUGGAACGUAAAGCUGAAGAGGCUUUCAUCAAUUCUUUGGACAAGAGAGUGGUGAUAGAUGUGUAUCUCAGAAUCAAAAUCAGGCGGGAUCAUAUAGUACAAGAUUCCAUGAAAGCAAUCAAGCUGAACUUGACAAACUUGAAGAAAAGUUUAAAAGUGCAAUUCAUAAAUGAGCCUGGCGUCGACGCGGGUGGUCUCCGAAAGGAAUGGUUUAUUUUGUUAACCAAAGAAAUCUUCCACCCACAGGCAGGGCUAUUCCAUAAUGUUGAGGACUCGAACUUGUUAUGGUUCAACAUCUUCCCACUAGAGGACCGUGAAAUGUAUUUUUUAUUUGGGGCCGUGUUAGGUCUUGCUAUAUACAACUCUACAAUUUUGGAUUUGCAAUUUCCAAUUGCGUUGUAUAAGAUCUUAUUGGGAAAGUCAUUGGACAAGGAGAAUUAUAAACAAUUGUAUCCGGAAUCAUACAAGAACCUUUAUCAAUUGCGAGCUAUGGACGACAAUCAGUUGAAACAUUUGGAGUUGACUUUUGAGGUUACAAUCAAAGAUACUUUUGGAGAGCCUCACACCAGAGAAUUGGUACCAAAUGGCAGUAAAACCAACGUGUCCAAGGCCAAUGUAGAUGAUUAUAUCAACAAGUAUAUGACGUACUUCAUGAGGGAAGGAAUUAAACAACAGUUGGACGCAUUCAUUGAAGGGUUUAAUACUGUCAUUGCAGGCAAUGCGUUGUCCUUGUUUCUGGAGGAAGAAAUUCAAUUAUUGCUCUGCGGUAGUGAAGAUCACAAUAUAGAUUUUGAUGUGCUUCGGUCGAUUACAAAGUACAUUGGAUGGCCCUCUGCCACCGAUGCUGCAAAUUCAUGUAUCAUCAAAUGGUUUUGGGAACAUCUUGCAACCAUGAACAACUCACAACGGAAGAAGCUAUUGGUGUUUGUAACUGGUUCCGAUAGGGUUCCCGCUACUGGAAUACAGAACUUACCAUUCAAAGUGACCCUUCUUGGACAUGGACUCGAUAGUGAAAGACUCCCUAUUGCCCACACAUGUUUUAACGAAUUGACUAUAUACAACUACAAUAGCAAGGCAAAGAUGAUCGACAAAUUAAACAAAGCAGUGAAUGAAAGCUCUGGAUUUGGAAUUAAGUAG